UCUUAGACUAAUUAUGUAAUUAUAUAAUUACUUAUUACUGAUGAGUACUGAGGAUUGGGAGCAACGGUUCGAGGCUGUUGUCAGGGAGACGGAGAGAAACUUGGCUAAAGUUAAGGGUACACUCCAACAAACACCAACUAAAUAUAAAGCUACAGAAAACAAACCACCAGAACGGAACAUUCUUCUAGAACUUUCCUCGCCCUACAAACCCACAAACAGUACUCCCUACAAAUUGUCCUCAAACUCUACAAACUACAGAACACCUACUCGUAAUACUGCUAACCACUCACUCUCUGGGUACAGUAGAGAGAAUGGGAGCGGAGGAGGAAAGGCUGUCAAGUUUUCCAGCCCUUCUAUUGAUGCUGGCUGUCACAAAGAGUUGUGGCAGCAGGAAAGCGAGAUUCUGACCCUUAGAAAACAGAUCGGAUUACUCCAGCAAUCCAACGUUCACUACGAGCAAGAAACUAAGCUGCUGAAAUCACAAGUUCAGUCCCUGAAAAAUAAGCAGACCGCUUCGCCUGUCUCCGGUCGAGAUGUGGGGAGGGAGUUUGAUAAGUUCAAAAACGAAGUGAUGGCAGAAUUGAGACGUGUUAAACAAGAUGCUGGAAACUCCACAGGCUCUGGUGGAUAUAUUGAGAAGGAGCUGUCAUCUAUAAGAAAAGACGUGGAUAACGGGAAGCUAAGACAGGCAGAAGAUUUCCAAGAAGUAAAGAAUGAUCUGGAGAAACUGAGAAGUAGGCUAGUGCAAGUAGAGUUAGAAGUAAAGUCAGCAAUCUCGGACAGUAAGGAAUGUUUACGGAAAUGUCAGCGGAUCAACAGCGAGGCUUCUCAUUUCUCAGAGACAAUACGUCUUCAGAGCAGAUCAACCAGCGCUCAAUUACAGUCAUUAAAUGAUAAUUGCGCUCAUUUACCCAUUCUCAAGUCCUCUGUUUGUGAUUUAGAGGGUCGACUAUCUUCACUUGAGGGUAGUGUGAGUCGUGGUACACCUUUUAGGAACGAAUCAGCCACCCCGGGCAGUUUGAGAGGCAGUUCCGCAACUAGAGGGUCUAGUUACACGGCAGACUAUAAAUCGCGUCAGAAAACUGGCAAAAAUAAUACGAAAGGACUUCUUGAUGAACUAGACAUAUCUUUUGAGGAUCUGAGCUUGCUGUCAGAUGACAUUGACGAUGACAUUGACGAUGAUGACGACAUAUCUCUGGAUAAAAGUCUGGACAUUUCUAAAAUGUCAGACACAAGCACCUACAAAGAUAACAAGAGUAGAGAUCAUAACCACAGUUACACUGAGUCAGUGUCAGUGGGAGGAGAAACUCUAUCAAUGGCCGGUGAGCUGAUCUCCGGCAUGUCAGAUAUCUUAUCAGACGAGGACAUUUCAUAGCACCAGCCCUGGGGCGUGCCCUCUUGUUAUACAACUGCUCACUUAUUAAAGUAUUAAACGAGGAAGGGGAUAUCCUGAAGCAACAAUGUCCCUGUCAUUGGAAUUAGCUGCUAAUCAGAUGAACCCAUCGAAGUUUAUUACUUCUGUGCAUGUCGCAGUUAUAUCUAUUUAUGUGUAUAAUCUGGUCUAUACAUCUUUAAUGGCUCACCGCGUGAGUCACUCACAGUUUUAUACACCUUGGAUGAUUCAAGGAACGACUACAUUUAUCUGGGGCUUCCCCACCCGUACAUUAUCAAGAAGGAAUCGGAUUCAAGCUUAAAUAAUCAGUUAAGGGAGCAAUCGACAAUCGACAUAAUAUGAAAAUAAUAGAUUCAUUGCAAUUAUUUGUGGUCAUUCUAAAAUUCACACGAUAUAAAUUAUAACAUUUCUUCUCAAUCUUAUAUAACAAGUGUAAGGUUUCCAAUUUAUAUUUACAAAAUCUGACGAAAUACAAGGGUGCAAUUAUAAAGAAAUAUUAUUAUCUUUUCCCUUUAUCUUAUGUAAAUAUACAAAUUUGUAAGUUUUGUAGUUUUAUAGCCGAUAAAGUUUCAGUGUAACAGAUUUUGUUGAUUAUGUGCAUUCAAUAUAUCCUUUUUUGGCUGAUUCUGGUAUGAAACUCUUGAUUUAAAGUUAACUUUAUCUGAU